GGGCACCACGCCACACACGCUGACGGGGCACCACGCCACACACACGCCAGGGCACCGCAUCACAAUCAGCACCCAGCGCCCCAGACGACAAUACCCACGCCAGCAACAGUGACCUCUGCCGCCCACCACAGCAGCAGUGCUGACCUUUUCCUCCCACAGCAGCAGAGGACGCAGACAUGGUUCACGUGGAACUUCUCUCACUGCUGGGGCUUACGGCCAUGUUCCUGGCAGGAACUGAGGCAAGGUGCAGCUCCACUUCAGAGAUUGAGUGUCACAGGGACAGUCAGUGCAUCGCCAUCACCUCUGUGUGUGACUCCGCAAAACAGUGUAGCGACGGCUCCGACGAGGACCCCUACGUCUGUGAGACCUGGACGAGAAGGAACCAAAAUUGUGGCGGCGUCGGACUUAUGCACUGUGGCUUCAACUGUCGCAGCAUACCUGAUGCAUGUACCAGUGCAGACUGUCGCCGCCUGUUAAAUCCUCGUAUGUGUGAGAUGGUGAGAGCGGGUAAGCUGAACCUGCCGAAGAAACCACCAGAGGGGAUGAACAUGACCAGUGGGAUUGUGGCAGUGCUCACGACGGCCGUCAACACCUCGCUGAAGAACCAGAAGCGGGACUGUCCGAUGUUGUACACCCGGGUCGGCCAGCUCUGCCUGGCCCUCUUCUCCCCGGCUAAGGUGCCGUGGCCAGAAGCGAGACAGUUCUGCCGGUCCAUCUAUGGGGACUUGGUGAAGUUUGAUAGCUUUUCAGAUUUCGGACAUCUUGUGCUGUACAUGAGGAACUCUAGGCUGACGACUGAUUACUGGGUCGGUGGCCGGUUCGACUUGGAUACCAACGCUUGGUCGUGGACCGUGGACGAAUCUGUCAUACCUUUAGGGACUCCCUACUGGGCUGUGAGGCACAGCAUCUCGUGUGUGCCGCGCCCCCCGCCCCACACUGACCCCUUCAGCAGUCCCUCCGCUGCCCUACCAGAUGCCCCCUGCUUCUCCUACACCCAGGCGCCCGCCAAUCGUCAGGAGGGAUGGUGCUCCGCCUUGACCUACGAACACUACUACUACAUGACCGACCAGAGUUGCCAGGAGGAACGCAGCCCACUCUGCGUGCAGGAGGCCGACGAUGAUGAUGACCAAUUUGAUGAGGAACCUGAAGGGAAAGUCUGAGGAGGGGAAGCCUGA